AUGGCCCCCGACGUUCCCGAUUGGCAAGCGCCGCUCACCGCCGUGCAGAAACAGAUCGACGAGCUCGUCGCGCUUUUCCGCAACUCCCACCCUUCAUCAUCCUCCACCAUGGAUAACCACAAUCCUCGUGGCCCGCUGGUUCGUCUGGACGUUCCGCGCUUUGACGGCGAUGAUCCUCAUUCCUGGAUCUUCAAAAUUGAGGAAUACUUCGCAUACCACAACACACCAGACACGCAGCGCCUCCAAAUCGUUGCGUUCCAUCUCGACGGCAAGGCCUCCACAUGGUUUCAAUGGCUGAAAUCACAACAUAUGCUAUCGACAUGGUCGGAUUUCUUAGCCCGCGUUCGCGCGCGCUUUGGUCCCUCGCAAUUUGAGGACCCCGAAGGCACGCUAGCCAAACUCACACAACAAGGUUCUGUUGGUGAUUACCAAUCCACCUUCGAAUCUUUAAUGGGACGCGUCACGGGUAUCUCUGAACCUCUUCUUAUAUCCUUUUAUAUAUCUGGGCUCCAGCCAUCUAUCCGUCGUGAAUUACAGAUGAAUCGACCAUCAACGUUGGACGAGACUUUCGCUCUUGCUCGGGUAUUCGAAAGCAAGUACUCAGAGGACCCGCCCAGCCACCACGGCUCCAACCGGCAGUUCAACAGGCCGGCAUAUUCGCCCUCUUCCGUGCCUCGGCCACCACCAGCUCACACGCCAACACCACCACCAUCGAGCCACCCUAUCACCACACCGCCUAUCACUGGGCCUCGUCGCGAAACCACCACGGCUGUCCCGGUCCGACGCCUUACCCCGGCAGAAACUCGCGAGAAGCGCGAGCGCGGUCUCUGUUUCCACUGUGACCAAAAGUGGAACCCCGCCCAUCGUUGCAAAUCAAAAGGCACUGUCAUGCUUUUAGAGGGAGAUGACAUCGAACCUUCGGAGGAUAUUGAACCCACCGAACCCGCUGAUCACUCUUUGGAUGAGACACUUAUCAUGGGCGAUAUCUCUAGCCUGCACUCAUUGUCCGGUGCUACUCACCCCCGAUCUCUUCGUUUAUGGGGCACCACGCUCAAUCAACGCUUUCAGGUAAUGAUCGAUAACGGUAGUACUCACAAUUUCAUUACACCUGCCCUUGCAGAGCGCCUCAAGUUGCCACUCUCACCGGUUCCCAGCUUUCGAGUCCGUAUCGGCAAUGAUGACUCUAUUAUCUGCCAGCACGUCUGCCACCACACCACUAUCAACCUCCAAGGCACCGACUUCACUCUGGAUCUCUUUGUGUUGCCCAUCAAAGGCCCCGACGUCAUUCUCGGCAUUCAGUGGCUACAAGAAUUGGGCCGUGUGCUACACGAUUAUAGUCACGGUCGCAUGGAGUUCACGUGGAAUGGUCAACAAGUUUUUCUCGAGGGCGACCCUUCGCUUUGUUCUCGCGAAAUCUCUUUAUCCUCGCUCCAGGCCCUACUCCAAUCUGAUGAGGUUGAUUCACUAUUUGAAUUAUGGAUGCUCCUGACCGACGAACCCGCUGUCCCAUCUAUUCCUCUUACUGAACUCCAGGACGUUUCUUCCUAUUUUCGUCCGCUCCUGACUCAGUUCGCCGACGUAUUUACAGCACCAACGGGACUUCCUCCACAUCGCCUCUUCGAUCAUCGUAUCCAUCUGGACCCAGGUUCCAAACCAAUCAACGUUCGCCCAUACCGCUACCCUCACUUCCAGAAGAGCGAGAUGGAACGUUUGGUCCAAGAAAUGCUCGAUCAGGGCAUUAUACGCCCCAGCCACAGCCCAUUUUCAUCCCCAGUGCUAUUGGUUCGGAAGAAGGAUGGCUCUUUCCGCUUCUGCGUUGAUUAUCGCGCCUUGAACGCGGUAACCGUUAAAGACAAAUUUCCAAUUCCCACCGUCGAUGAACUCAUUGACGAAUUGGGCACUUCAACCAUCUUCUCCAAGCUCGAUCUGCGCGCCGGGUUUCACCAAAUCCGUAUGCACAAUCAAGACAUUUUCAAGACGGCAUUCCGGACUCACGACGGCCAUUAUGAGUUUCUAGUGAUGCCAUUCGGCUUAUCUAAUGCUCCGUCUACGUUUCAGGCCACUAUGAACUACGUUCUCAAGAAAUUUUUGCGCUGUUUCGUCGUCGUCUUCUUUGACGAUAUACUUAUCUACAGUCGCUCCGAGUCCGAACAUCUUGAGCAUUUAUCCGCCGUGCUCUCCUGCCUUCGCACCAACUGUCUCUACGUCAAGCUCUCUAAGUGCUCUUUUGGGACUUCGUCUGUCGCCUACUUGGGUCAUAUCGUAAGUGCCGGCGAACUCAGAGUUGACCCGACUAAAAUUCAAGCUAUGCUCGAUUGGCCACAACCCAAAACGGCGAAACAAUUGCGGGGCUUCCUUGGAUUGACGGGAUAUUAUCGUAAAUUCAUCCAACACUACGCCUCUAUCGCUGCUCCUCUCACGGACUUGCUGCGUAAGGACGGGUUCCAUUGGUCCACCCAGGCCUCCUCCUCCUUUACUACCUUACAACAGGCCAUGAUCUCGGCUCCCGUGUUACGGCUCCCUAACUUCUCGAAACCCUUCACGAUCGAUACAGAUGCUUCGGACCUAGGGCUUGGUGCGGUUCUCCUCCAAGACAAUCUCCCGAUUGCGUAUUGA